AUGGAAAUCGCACCCAUUCUUCACGACGCCUUCCAGGGCGCCACGCCUCAGGUGCGAAACGAGGCCAACUCCAAGCUGGCCGACGCAUACCAAAACUACUACGGUGAUGUGAUGAUGGCCCUCGCCAACUGCAUCAGCACUCAGGAUACCCAGAUACCCGAUGAAAUCCGAGUGCUUGCUGGUAUUGCCAUCAAGAACAACUUGACAUCCAAGGACCAGGAGGUCAAGCAGGAGCAGGCCAACAAGUGGUUGGCUGCCGAUGGAUCCGUUACAGAUCAGAUCAAGAGCAUUCUGUUGGAGGUUCUGAAGAGCACUAACAACCAGGUGGCUUCAGCAGCAGCCCAGGCCGUGGCCGCCAUUGCGGAGAUUGAUCUGCCCCAGGGACGAUGGUCCAGUCUCAUGACCACCCUGGUGGAGAACACCAAGGACGAGCAGCCCAGUCACAUCAAGAUGGCCGCUCUGCAGUCUAUUGGUUUCAUCUGCGAGCGAGCAGACCGAAACAAUGCUGGUGUGGUUUCCCAGGCAUCAGGCAUUCUUACUGCCAUUGUGCAGGCGGCACAGUCCAAGGAGUCGGACCAGAACGUGCGGCUCAAGGCCAUUGAGGCACUGGGCGACUCUCUGGAUUUCAUCAGAGACAACUUUGCCCGGGACGGUGAGCGAAACUGCAUCAUGGUUGUCGUGUGCGAAGCCACCCAGAGCGAUUCUGCCAAGCUGCGGGAAGUCAGCUACGGCACAAUGUCUCGAAUCAUGACCAAAUACUACCAGUUCAUGGAACUGUACAUGAAGCAGGCUCUGUUUGGCGUUACCGUCAAGGGCAUGCAGGAUUCCGACGACUCGGUGGCAUGCAUGGCUGUGGAGUUCUGGUCGUCCGUAUGCGAGAUUGAGGACAAGAACCAGCGGACCGGCGAGGAGUGCUUUGGCUUCGCCAAGGUGGCUGCCCCCAAGGUUCUGCCCAUUCUCUUGGAGCUGCUCAACCGGCAGAACGAGUACGAUGACGACGAGGACUGGAGUGUUAGCAUGGCUGCUGCCGCCUGUCUGCAGCUGUUCGCGCAGACCAUUGGUAACGACGUGGUGCCUCUGACUCUGCAGUUUGUCGAGCAGAACAUUGGAAAUACCACCAGCUGGAGAAACCGGGAGGCCGCUGUCAUGGCCUUUGGUUCUAUUCUGGACGGUCCUGACAACGCCCAUCUGGCCGAUCUCAUCAAGCAGGCUCUAGAGCCCAUUCUCAACCUGAUGAAUGACGACUCUCUGCAGGUCAAGGACACCGUGGCGUGGUGUCUGGGCCGAAUCUCCGAUCUGGUCAUCAACGCCAUUGACGAGCAAGUCCAUCUGCCCGUCAUCAUGAAUACCCUGCUCAAGGGACUGCAGGACGAGCCCAAGGUCAUCACCAACUGUUGCUGGACUAUCAUGAACAUUUUCGAGCAGCUUGGCCACGGCGGCGUCAACCAGGAGACCACCGUCGUCUCCCCCUACUACCCCCAGGUGCUGCCUGCUCUGUUGAACGCCGCUUCUCGAAACGACAACGAGAACAACGCCCGAACCGCUGCUUACGAGGCUCUGUCGACCCUUGUUGUUGUGUGUGCCAACGAUUGCAUUGAAGCCGUGCUUGAGCUGUCGGGCGAGGUUGUCACUCGUCUGGAGACCACUCUGGAGAUGCAGCAGCAGAUUGUCGGCAUGGACGACCGAAUCAACCUGGAGGAGCUGCAGAUCAACCUGCUCGGUCUGCUGACCAACAUCAUCCGUCGAACUGACAAGCUGGUGCUGCCCGCAUCCGACCGGCUUAUGACUCUGUUCCUGAACCUGCUGCAGAACAAGCUUCCCAACUCGCUCAUCGAGGAGGACGUGUUCAUUGCUAUUGGAGCUGUCGCCGAUGCCAACGGUGAGGGCUUUAUGAAGUUCAUGGAGUCUCUCAACCCCUUCCUUCUGCGCGCUCUGGAAGAUCCUUCUCUCAUUGUGUGCAACACUGCAGUCGGUCUGGUGGCCGACGUGUCCAACGCUCUGGGCCCUGCCAUUGACCAGUUCUCCGACCAGUACAUGCAGCUGUUUGUCACCGAUUUGCAAAACCCCAAGGCCCAACAGGUCAUCAAGCCCUCGAUUCUGUCGUGCUUUGGAGACAUCGCGUCAAGCAUUGGCCCCAAGUUUGAGCGGUACUUUUCUUUUGUCUUCCCUGUGAUUGAGCAGGCGUGCCAGCUGGAUGUGCCUGACCAGUACUCCGGCUAUGCCGUGUCCGAGGAGUUCCUUGACUUUGUCGCCAACCUGCGUGAGCGAAUCAUCGACGCAUUUGUCGGCAUUGUCACCGGUCUUCGAGACUACCCUGCUCUGUUUGCUCCCUACGUCCCCACUCUGUUCAACUUCCUGUCCAAGGUGGCCGUGGACCCUCUGCUCGCUCCUGUGGAGUCUGUGGCUCGGUCCGUUGUGGGUAUCAUUGGUGAUGUUGCCACCAUGUAUCCCGGUGGAGACUUCAAGGAGGCAUACACUAAGCCAUGGGUGCUGGAGUUCAUUCGACGAACUCGAAGCGAUCCCGAGUUCACUGACGAGACCAAGAUUACCGCUCGAUGGGCACGUGAGCAGCAGAAGCGACAGCUGGGCGAGAAAUAG